CUCCUCUUUGUACAGUCAGAUUGUUUUACCCUACUCUCAACCUGUUCAGUAAUGUGUAGAGUGUAGUCGCUGAGUGAGUAGACCAUCUAUUUAUCAAUAUUUGACAGGAAUUUGUAAACCACAAGUGCUUCAAGUUAGAACAUAGGAAGUCUUCCUCCUGCUGCUGGCCUCUCUCAUUUUAACAAUGUGGCUUUAUGAUUUUUUACUGAGUUUAGACCUCAAGGGGCUAUUUCUGUUUCUUAUUAUUUUCUUCAUAAUAGCAGACUAUCUCAAAAACCGGAAUCCUCCUAAUUAUCCUCCAGGACCAUGGGCUUUUCCGAUUGUGGGGAAUAUUCUCAGUGUGGACAGUGAACAUCCAGACAAGUAUAUUACCAAGCUGGCUGACAUUUAUGGAAGUGUAUUCAGCAUUCGUCUCGGCAGAGAAAAGAUGGUGUGUGUGUCUGGAUACAAGGCUGUGAAGGAUGCUAUCGUGACACAGGCUGAGAACUUUGUGGAUCGACCCCAAAGUUCAGUCGAGGAUAGAUUUUACUCAGGAAGCUCAGGUGGUCUGUUCAUGAGCAAUGGCGAAACAUGGAAGAGACAGCGAAGAUUUGCCUUAUCUACGUUACGUACCUUUGGCCUUGGCAAAAACACCAUGGAGCAGAGUAUCUGUGAGGAGAUCCAACACCUGCAGGAGGCUAUUGAGCAAGAGAAAGGUGGACUUUUCGACCCAGCAAACCACUUUAACAAAGCUGUGUCAAACAUCAUUUGCCAACUGGUGAUGGGGAAACGAUUUGAGUACAGCGACCACAACUUCCAACACAUGCUGAAAUGUCUGUCAGAGCUUCUACAUCUGGAGGGCUCUAUAUGGAGUUGGAUAUAUGAAUCUUUCCCUUCAGUGAUGAAGCACAUGCCAGGUCCUCACAACAAAAUGUUCGACAACUACGACAUCCUGAAAGAAUUUCUCAGUCAGGAGGUACAAAGGCACAAGAAGAACCUGGACCACAACAAUCCCCGGGACUACAUUGACGCUUUCAUCAUUGAAAUGGAAAAACACAAAGAGACCAAUGUGGGCUUCAAUGAGAUCAAUCUGGCUGUGUGCUCUUUGGAUCUGUUCCUGGCUGGAACAGAGACGACCUCCACUACUUUGCUGUGGGCUUUGGUUUACCUCAUCAAUAACCCGGAAAUUCAGGAGAAAGUCCAGGCAGAGAUAGAUGGAGUGAUUGGACAAAGCCGCCUGCCCACUAUGGCCGACAGACCCAACCUGCCCUACACUGAUGCUGCCAUCCAUGAAAUCCAGAGAUAUGGAAAUAUCGUUCCUCUCAAUGCAUUAAGAAUGGCUGCCAAGGACACAACACUGGGUGGUUACUUCAUCCCUAAGGGCACGGCCCUGAUGCCCAUCCUGACCUCUGUGAUGUUUGACAAGACUGAGUGGGAGACUCCAGACACCUUCAACCCUGGACACUUCCUCAACUCUGAGGGAAAGUUGUUGAAGAAAGAAGCUUUCCUUCCCUUCUCUGCAGGGAAACGUGUGUGUCUUGGAGAAAGUCUUGCCAAGAUGGAGCUGUUCCUAUUUUUGGUUGGUCUACUACAGAAGUUUUCAUUCUCUGUUCCUGAUGGAGUUGAGCUUAGCACUGAAGGAAUCACUGGAACGACACGCGUGCCUCACCCAUUCAAGGUUUACGCUAAAGUGCGUUAAACUGAACGACAUCUCCCUGAGUCAUGCAACAUCUAAUCAAAGUUUAAUAGACAAGACAAACGCUUUUUGUGCUGGAAACGCUGAAGACCUCCGUUUCAGAGCCCUUCUUACCAUUGCAUUGUAGCUACUGUAGGUUAGAAAAGUAAACUUCCGCUUCCCUCAGUAAUGUCUGUUAGGUGUGUUUUAGAUAGCUCCAUGUGCAUAAUAUUUGAUUAAAUUCAAGGAAAUAUCACCAAGAAAACAUGAAAACAAUGUAAAAAGUAGUCAUGUACUGACACCAGCAGUAGCUCUACACAUGUAAAUUGUAUUGUUGAAAAAAUGAGUCAGACUAGCGUCUCCUCCACCAUUGUUGUUGAUAAAGCCUGAUGUUGUAAGUGACAUUGAAGUCUGUGGUGCUGUUCCAAAAGUUGUUCUGUUGUCGACUGAAAAAAACAACUCAAAAACAGCUGACGCAGAGGGCUUUUUACCACCCAGGACUCUGAGCUCUAUAAACACUGAACUACAUUUGUUUUGUUUUGAAAACGAGCGCUGCCAGUGCAAAAACUGCUGUCUGUGGACAAAAGCCCUUAAGAACUAAUACUAUAUAUUAUGCCCAAACUCAACCUUUCAUUGUAUUAUGUAUCAUUUGUAUUAAUGCUUCUGAAUAUACAACCUUCUUUUUUUCCUUGUUAUUAAUGACAAAAUGUAUGAAAGCGUCAUGUACUGAUUCUUUUAAACAUGCAUUUACGCUGUAAUGUUUUUUACAAAGUUCUAAAAAAGGUUAAACUCAAGUAAUAAUAUUUACAAGUGAAUAAUAUAAUAAAAUGAUCACAAAAUACACAAA